AUGAUUUUAACCAAAAUUAGUAGUGGAUUUCUAUCACAAAUCAAUCAAUCAUCAUUGUUGCCAAAUUAUAAACAAAAUGAUCUUUCACAUGGACAAACUGUACGUUCUGAUCGCGAUAAAAGUUUUUCACUUUUUCAAAUAAUGGGAAUUUGUUUUCUUGCACUUACUCUAUUGGAACAUGGGCUCGUGUUUAUAUUAACAUUUAAAAAAGAACCAUCAAGAAAAAGAUCAAUACGACAACAUCAACGUUCGAUUAUUUUACCACCAAAAUCAUGUCUCUAUAGUUGUUUACAUCGGAAUUGGAUGCGUGCAUUUUCAUUUUCAAAUAUAUGCCUUUCAUGUGUUUAUUUUGCAAUGUUGAUGUUAAAACAUUAUCAUCCAAAUCUUGUUCAUCCUUCAUCGACUACAUUUUAUUCAUUACCAUUAAAUCUUUUACAACAAAUAUUAAUUAAUUUUAGUGCAUUUCAUCUAUUUAUCAUUGCAAUAAGUGUAUUUCAAUAUUUUCUUCGUUACUAUCGUUUAGUAAAAAACACGUAUUCAAGAUAUUUCUUCAAUGGUCAAAAUCUUUUAUUAACAAAACAUACAAAUGUUGCUCUCAUAUUAACUAGUUCAUUAGCACUUAUAUUUGCUUAUAAUUUUACAUUUUACACUCCAAAAGAUUCUCAAACAAUAUUUCUACUUCCAUUAAUAACAUUUAACAUGAUACUGUUACCAUUAAUAGAUCUUAUCAUAUUUUUAUUGAUUUUCAUGUGUCUAAUGAUCAAUUAUUUCUAUAAAUUUAAUUCUGAAGAUUCAUUACUUGAAAAUGAGCAAGAAACUUUACGUUUACUUAUUGAAAAAAAUACGUGUAUUAAAUGCUAUUCAAAUAUUUUAGAAAAAAAUCCAAAUUUAUUUCAAGAUAAAAAUUAUUCAUAUAGAAAUUUAUAUAAAAUAUUUUUUUCUGCACCCUUACGUUCAUCAUACUUAUUUGAAAUGCCAAAAAGAUAUCAUUCUAACCGAAAAAGAGAAUCUUCUGAAUCAGAUUGUUCCAAUGAGCAUGAACAAAAUUUAGAAAACAAUUCAACUAAUAAUUCAUUUUUUACAACGGUAUUAAUUAAACUAAGUCAUCAACAUUCCCAUUGUCAUUUAUCUCAUUAUCUAUUAUUAAUAUUUCUUUUUAAAUACAUUUUACUAACAUUCCCACAACAUAUUCUACAAAUGUUAUUUCAUUUAAAGCAAUUUCACCAAUUUAUUCUUAAAAAUAAUCUCGCAAUUAAUUUCGCAUAUUCACUAUAUCAAGAUAAUGAACUUUUAAUAACAAUAUGUAAGUAUUUAUUUUUACUAUCACGUUUCGGCGAUAGCUUUUUAUUAAUACGUUUGCCAUAUCUCGUUAAAAAAUAUUUUCCAUGUUGGUGUCAUUUUAAUUCACGUUUAUUACAUAAAAAACCAACUUUACAUAAAAUCUUAACAAUGAAAAAUUCAUCAUCAUCCUAUACUGUACCAAUAUGUGCUUCGAAUCUGCCAAAUGUAAAUGAUUCAUCUAAUGAAUCAAAACCUAAACUAUCAAUUAAACGAUCAGAUUGGAAAUCGAAAAAUCAACGAUUUCGUUUACAAUUUGAAUUCACGCCAUUAUGGUCGCAUGCUGGACCAAAAUUAUUUCAAGAACACAUUUAA